CUUGUGUAUGUCUUCAAUUAUAGGUAGGUAUGUAGUAUUUAAUGGUCUACUCCUCCGGAGUGAAUAUCGCCAUGCACACCAAUCCCCUCACAUACUAUCAUCAGCAAAACCACAAUGCUUCCUGUUAUUAGUUUGUACGGAAUUCUGGCGAGCGGAAAGAGCGCGCUAGGCUCCAGGCUUUCCAAGCAGUUUAACCUAUACCACUUAUUCGUCCCAGAGUUGCUCACGUCGUUGAGCAAUUCCCCUUUCAGCGGCACGAAGACCGUAAAGCGGUAUAUCUAUGACUACAUCAUGGAGGGGGGCAUCAUCCCCGCCGAUCUCUGUGAUUAUGUCAAAAAACGUGGGUUUAUGGACCAGACGGUAGAAGUCGUACUUGCUUACUGCCACCAACAUGGCCUUCCGACCCCCUUAGCCAUCCUUCUCCCGUUUCUGCAGAAGAAGAUGGAGAGGGUCGCCAAGGAAGGUAAUUACAGGGCUAUCCUCUUAGACGGUUUCCCACGAAUAGUGGACGACCUUAAGGCCUCCAGGAAGGUCUUCGGCAAGGACAUACUUGAUCUCGCCAUCGUGGUUGAUUGUCCUUAUGAGGUUGCGCUAGCCCGCUAUGAGAAGCGCUGCGAUGAUGCGAUCGGGAAAAACAUCGCUGACUUCUCAAGUCAGAUGCCUGAGCUGUACCCCGAGUUAGAGCGUAUCGGACUCGUAAGGAUUCUGAGCGACGACUCUGUGUCCAUCCACGAUGCAUACAUUGGGCUUCUCGCUAAUCUCUACCCCAACCGAACUUGGAACAAGAUUAUAAAUUCCUAGACAGUUGGCGAUCUGUGAUCAUCUAAUUUUUUAGGUGGAAAAAAAACUAGACAAUCCCAUGAACAAGAUAGAAUGAAUAUUUUUUAUAGAAAACCAAAACAAAGUCCUUUGCGACUGAAAAUAUCUUUAAGUUGAUUCUCUGCAUCAAGCGAUCUCGUGACGUAGGCAUAUCGUGAGGAAGCCCAAGCACCACCCCCCUUUAACCUCCCAAACCAAACCUCACGGAACACCCCUCCCAUCCCUCGUAGCCUUCGCCAACUCCGACAUCGCCGUAUCGUCAGCAUAACGCCUAUAAAUCGGCACCAAAUACUCCCUCUCACUCGUCGUCCUCCUCACACUUUCCCUCCCCGUCGCCGCACCCACCCACCUCCUCCACCGCCCCCAC